CUGCUCUCUGUUGUCUCAGCCCGAAAGCUGUCUCUCAAGCGAGCACGACCAUUUGGGAGCUUGUGUGCAUGUAAAUUAUUUAUUGUAUCAAUAAAAAUAUGCACACUGUAUAGGCUAAUCUGUACUCGGGCUCAAAUUAAUCUUCAGACAGAAACCGGGAUUUAAAGCAAGGACGAUCGGUUUUAAGCGAGGGUUGACUCCGGCUUUUAACUGCUUCCAUUUAGCUGUCCUUGAGACUUUUUGACACAGCACAUUCACCGUUCCCCAACCCCAGCCCCACCAUGCUGACUGGUCUGUUCCGUAUGCACGGCAUGCUGGUGGCCUCCCACCCCUGGGAGGUGAUCGUAGGCACUGUCACCCUCACCAUCUGCAUGAUGUCCAUGAACAUGUUCACUGGCAACGCCCAGAUCUGCGGCUGGAACUACGACUGCCCCAAAAUGGAGGAGCUGGUUCUAAGCAGUGACAUCAUCAUUCUGACCAUCACACGGUGCAUAGCCAUCGUGUACAUCUACUUCCAGUUCCAGAAUCUACGGCAACUAGGUUCCAAAUAUAUUCUUGGCAUCGCUGGACUAUUCACCAUAUUCUCCAGCUUCGUAUUCAGUACUGUCGUGAUUCACUUCCUGGAUAAAGAACUCACUGGCCUCAACGAGGCCUUACCUUUCUUCCUGCUUCUGAUCGACCUCUCCAAGGCCUGCGCUCUCGCCAAGUACGCUCUCAGCUCUAACUCACAGGACGAGGUGCGCGACAACAUCGCCCGCGGCAUGGCCGUCCUGGGGCCCACGUUCACCCUGGAUGCUCUGGUGGAAUGCCUGGUGAUCGGGGUGGGCACCAUGUCAGGUGUACGACAGUUGGAGAUCAUGUGUUGUUUUGGCUGCAUGUCUGUCCUGGCCAACUACUUUGUCUUCAUGACGUUCUUCCCUGCCUGCGUCUCCCUGGUCCUAGAGCUGUCCAGGGAGAGUCAGGAGGGUCACCCCAUCUGGCAGCUGAGCCACUUCUCCCGCGUGAUGGAGGAAGAGGAGGAUCACAAGCCCAACCCUGUCACCCAGAGAGUCAAGAUGAUCAUGUCUCUGGGCCUGGUAAUGGUGCACGCCCACAGCCGUUGGAUCGCCGACCCUCUCUCCCUCAACUCCAACCAGGACGUCUCCCAGGUGAGCUCCAUGUCCCUGGACAACCAUUUACCCAAGAGGAUCGACCCCGAGAGACCCCUCUGGCAGUUCUACAUGUCAAGGUUGGUCAGCAUGGACAUAGAGCAGGUGAUCUGUCUGGGUCUGGCCCUGCUGCUGGCCGUCAAAUACAUCUUCUUUGAACAAGUCGAGCUGGAGUCCACCCUGUCUCUGAAGAGCCCCCUGUCCCAGGGGCCCGACCGUGCCCCUCGCUGGAGCGCAGACCAGUGCUGCAGGAAGGAGGUUUUCCCCCCCCACCCCCCCAGGUCCCCUCUCAGGACCGCCACCCCCACACCCCCCGCCCUGGCUGAGGCCACCAAGGAGGAGAGAGCCGAGGUGAUCCGGCCCCUGCCUGCCCCGACCACCGAACCCGAGCCCACCUUCCGUCUGGGCUCCAUGGAGGAGGAGAGGGAGAGCCAGGCGGAGUGCCCCAGAACAGAACCCUCUAAGCCCAGCCUAUCCUCAGACCCCAGACCAUUGGAGGAGUGCCUGACCAUCCUGAAAACUCCACAGAUGGGAGCCCGAUUCCUGAGCGAUGAUGAGGUGGUGGUUCUGGUCAACUCUAAACACAUCCCUUCCUACAAGCUGGAGGCCAUGAUGGAGAGACCAGAGAGAGGGGUAUCCAUCCGUAGACACAUGAUCUCCUCCAAGCUCCCCAACUCCUCCGCCCUCUCCUCUCUGCCCUACCUAGACUACGACUACUCUAAGGUGAUGGGGACCUGCUGUGAGAAUGUGAUUGGAUACAUGCCCAUUCCGGUAGGCGUGGCCGGGCCUCUUCACCUCGAUGGGAAGCAGUUCCAGGUCCCCAUGGCGACCACAGAAGGCUGCCUGGUGGCUAGCACCAACCGGGGCUGUCGUGCUAUCUCCUUGAGUGGAGGUGCCAGCAGUCGUAUCCUGGCUGACGGGAUGACCCGGGGUCCUGUGAUUAGGUGCCCGUCGGCCUGCCUGGCUGCAGAGGUCAAGGGCUGGCUGGAGAGCACCGACGGAUUCCAGGCCAUCAAGGACGCCUUCGACCACACCAGCAGGUUUGCUCGUCUGCAGAAGCUCAUGAUUGGUCUCGCUGGUAGAAACCUUUACAUCCGCUUCCAGUCCAGAACAGGAGACGCCAUGGGAAUGAACAUGAUCUCUAAGGGAACAGAGCAGGCUCUGGCCAGGUUACAGGAGCAGUAUCCUGAGCUGGUGGUUCUGGCAGUCAGUGGGAACUACUGCACCGACAAGAAGCCUGCAGCCAUCAACUGGAUCGAGGGCCGGGGAAAGUCUGCUGUGUGCGAGGCCACCAUCCCAGCUAAAGUGGUCAGAGAGGUGUUGAAGACCAGCACUGAAGCCCUGGUAGAUGUCAACAUUAACAAGAACCUAGUAGGAUCCGCCAUGGCUGGAAGCAUCGGAGGCUACAACGCCCACGCAGCCAACCUAGUGGCAGCCAUCUACAUCGCCUGUGGACAGGACCCAGCCCAGACGGUGGGCAGCAGUAACUGCAUCACUCUGAUGGAGACGUCAGGGCCUACAGGAGAAGACCUCUACAUCAGCUGUACCAUGCCUUCCAUAGAGCUGGGUACCGUCGGAGGAGGAACCAUCCUGGCACCACAGCAAGCCUGUCUGCAGAUGCUGGGUGUGCAAGGUGCUAGUCAGGAGUGCCCUGGGGAGAACGCCAGGCAGCUGGCCAGGGUGGUGUGUGGCACGGUGUUGGCCGGUGAGCUGUCUCUCAUGGCUGCCCUCGCCGCCGGGCACCUCGUCAAGAGUCACAUGACCCACAACAGGUCCAAGGUAAACCUGCAGGAAACAACCCCAGGUGCCUGUACCAAGAAAGCAUCUUGAGAUGUUAUGGAUCAUCAUGGUUCUCUGGGUGUUGGGGUAUAGACAGGAGAGGUGAGAGGGAGCCCUUCCCUGGGACCAACCCAACAGAACCGAGGACUUCUCUUCCCAGCACAAUAGCAGGGCUAAGACCCAAAUGGCACCCUGUUCACAUGUAUAGGGCUCUGGUCAAAAGAAGGACACUAUAAAGGAAAUAGGAUGCCAUUUUGGACAGCCAAGAACAAGGAGCAUCAUGUCUGGACAGAAACACAGAUACAUAUUGCAUAUUUAACACUAUUUCAUUGUGUUUAAAAAAAAAACAUACUGUGGUCAUUCAAUGUGUAUUCCUCCUCACUGUGGUCAUUCAAUGUGUAUUCCUCCUCACUGUGGUCAUUCAAUGUGUAUUCCUCCUCUAACAUCAGUGUACUUUAUCAUCAUGCCUCAUUGUGCUGGAAAGUGGAAACACAACGUCUGAAAUCAGACAGAUUUUCUCUCUCUGGAGUAUUUUUGUAUCGUGAAUGAACUUUUUAUUUUUUAUUUUAAAGCAGUUGACUAUGAAGACUUACUCAUCAUGUACAUGUUAGUACCGGGCGUUGUUUUUUUAUUAUGCUUGGGUUGAAGGUUCAAUGCCGAAGCAGUUUACUGGGUAACUAAGAGUUGAGUUUAGCCACAGCAGAACUGUGACACAACGGUGUAGAGUUCUGUUAGCCUGGUCCCAGAUCUGUUUGUGCUCUUGUCUAACUGUAUUGUCAUUGCCAAGCCAAACAUGUUUAGCAUGACAAUUCCACACGGAGUCGUCUAGAGAACAGAAUCAGACUGGCACCCAGGCUAGAGUUCUGUACUGUAACAGAACUCUAAUUAUAGAUUGACGAAUGUCUUCAAAGAAACAAGGACAUUCAACGAAAGCUGGUGAUUGUAAAUGUGAUAAAGUAUACCCAAACGUCUUGA